CACCUUCACCUAAGGAUAAGAUCGAAGAACAAAAGGAUAUGAAAUACCACAGCCAUCACCUGGAUUACAAAUAUACACCGCCACCAGUGAAAGGCCCCUGUAUUGCCUGUGGCAUGUAUAUCGUCGGCUCGUUGGUGACAGCAUUGGAUGAGAUGUGGCACCCGGAGUGCUUCACUUGUGUCAACUGCGACACCAUUCUCAAGGCAUAUAACUACCAGGUUCAGGACAAUAAGCAGUAUUGUAAGCCGUGCCACGAGAAACUCUUUGGUCCGCCCUGUUCUGCGUGCCAUAAGCCCACCAAAAACAAUCGGAUGAUUGUGUUGAACCGCAUUUGGCACCCGAACUGCUUCUGUUGCGUGGAGUGCGGGAAGAUCCUGACGGUCGACAACUUCAUUGAGCGCUUGGGUUCCCCCUAUUGUAAGGAAGACUAUCACCGACUCUUCUCUCCGAAGUGUUGCGUCUGCACCGAACCCAUCAAAGAC